AUGCAGAACCCACAACGCGAUCUUCCAGUCGUGCUCACAGGUCUGGCUACCUCUCACAACCCUGCUGAUUUGCGUGCAGCUGUGAAGAAAUUCUACACCCCCGACGCUUCUUUGCACCACCCUUUCAGGAUCGUAGAGCAUGGAGCAAACUCAAGGCAGAAAAUCCUGGGCAUGUACGAGUGGUGCCGCAUCAUCAGCCCCAACACUACCAGUGAUGUGGAUGUAGUAUUUUAUAAUGGGAAACACCAUGUUCUUGUUCGCCUGAGUCCCUUCAAGUCUGCCCCUUCUCGCUACAUUAUCCGUAUUAAGCUCCAGGAGCGAGACAAGUUAUUCUAUAUCUAUUCCCAAGAAGAAUUCUUGCAUCCCAUGUUCUGCCGACCGCUUACUCCGCUGGUCCGGCUUGCACUUGUCUUCUUCGCAUUGAUGGAAGGUCAUGUGCUCGAAGAUAUGGGUCUUAGCUUGCUCCUGUGGGCGAAACUCUUCGGUAUAGGUAGCGACAUUCAGAGAGGCAAAGGUCAAAUCGGGCUUAACGAGGUUGGUGCAACCUGAAGAUCCAGGAGACGGUAGAUGCGAUAUUGAAGACUACGCAAUACGGACCGUCCGGAGGUAACGCGAACAGUUGAACGCUAGCGCUAGUAUGACACACUCCAAGCUUGGCAUCUCCAGUCCAUCGUUUUCAUCAUUAUUCCCAGCUGUACUUUAUGCAGGAUUCAGGACUCCCACUGUACUUUUAUCACCAAUACUUAGAAACUGUAUUUUCAGACGCAGUCAUGAUCGUCGCUUUGUACUAUGUUAAGACGUCGCACUAUACCUUGUCCC